AGUUAUUAUUUCUGUGCCGUUCAUACUCGAACACGUUUGUAUUUGUGAGUAAAUUUUUUAAAAAAAGUUCUUUAAAACACAAUAAUGGGUGACGAGUGGGGUGGAAAUAGCUAUAGAGAAGAUAGACGAAGUGGAGGCGGCGGCGGAAACAGCUAUAGAGAAGAUAGACGAGAUGAUGGAGAUAGAAACUCAGGCCAAAAUUGGAGAGACGGCAAAUGCGAAAUAAUGCACGUGCCGUCAACGAAAGUUGGCAAAGUUAUUGGACGCGGAGGGUCAAAAAUCAAUGAGCUUCAAAGUGAUUCUGGCGCAAAGAUACAAGUCACUAAAGAAACCGAAGGAGAUGAUACUGUAGUAAAAAUGUUUGGGAGUGACUCUUGUGUAGCUAGAGCAAAAGAAUUAAUUAAUGAUUUGGUUAAUGAACCUGAUGGACGCUAUUAAAUUUGUUAAGUGAUUUGUACACAUACUAGGUAUUAAACUUGGGAUUUUUUUUUUUUAAUAAAUUAUACAUAAUAAC